AUGUGCGGGUUCGAUCCUGCCCUCGAGGGUGCAGAUAUAUGCGAAUAUUUUGAUCUCCCUCGCAUGGAGAUCUUCGAGGAUCCAAUUGAACUCUUUUAUGACCACGAGAUCGACCAAACUGCAUUGCCAGUUACCGUUUGUGAUCGCAAGGACGCUGCGGACGUUACCCCAGUUUCUCAUAUACGAGCCGAGAAAGAGCUGUCGGCCUCUUGCAUGCCGCAGAACCGGCUCGUCGUGGCACUCAUUGUGCUUAAUAUUGUUCUUCUAUCAUUGGUCAUACGUUCGUCUAUCGAGAUAUAGAGAAAAUAGGUUAUAUGUCGCGCCAAUAGCCACUUCGAUGUGUCUUGGCUAUUUGCAUCUAAGAUUCACGGACAACUCUUGCAGGUACUUGUUUCGUUUAUGCUUGCAGCUGGACAUGAUGAACUGUGGCAAAGAAAUGAAGGACUACUUAUGCAUUGAAUGUAAUUGAUUCGUCGCCUCUUUGAAACCACUUAAAUCUUUUCUGC